UAACAACAUAGCCGAAGCUCUUAUAUUAGCUGAUACAUGUUAACAUUGGAAGGUUUAUAAUAUUAUUAAGGAUUAACUGUGCGAUUAUUUGAACAUUUUUUGGAAUCUAUAUAGUUAAGAGAUUCUUUGGAAUGCCGACAACCCCAGAAAAACUCACGAAAUAUGAAAAGAUCGAGGCGUUUGUUAAGGGGUUCAAACUGUCGUCCCUCACGUACCGGCGGGUGAUGCAUCUCCUUAACGAGGAGAUGAACAAUGGACUUCAUGUCAACUCAAACUACCUAGCCGAUAUAAAAAUGUUCCCGACGUUUGUUCGCUCACUUCCCGACGGAACAGAAAAGGGAAAAUUCCUCGCAUUAGACUUGGGUGGCACAAACUUCCGUGUUUUAUUAGUAGUAAUAAAUGAACGAGACGUGGACAUCCAGAGUCAAACCUACCUCAUACCACAAAGAAUCAUGCUUGGAACCGGUGUACAGUUAUUCGACCAUAUAGCAGACUGUAUCAAUAGAUUUAUACGCGAUCACAGUUUAAAGAACGAAAAGCUGCCAUUGGGGUUCACAUUCUCGUUUCCAUGCAAACAGGAAGGUCUUGCGAAAGCGAGGCUCUCAAAAUGGACGAAAGGUUUUAGGUGCGAAGGCGUAGUGAACGAAGACAUUUGCUACCUUCUACAUGAGGCGAUGAAACGAAAAAAUACGUCGUCGGUAGAGGUUGAAGUCGUGGCUGUUGUGAAUGACGCCGUCGGCACUCUUAUGUCGGCGGCCCAUAAUGACAGAAAUUGCGAGAUAGGACUCAUUUUAGGUACCGGUUGUAAUGCAUGCUACAUGGAAUCUCUUCACAAUGUUGGGUUAUGGGAAGGUGAUUAUGACCACCCAGAACAGGUAUUAAUCAAUACGGAAUGGGGCGCAUUUGGUGACAAUGGCUGUCUCGAUUUCAUACGUACGGAAUACGACAGGGAACUGGACACAUACUCCAUAAACCCAGGAAAACAAAUUUAGGAAAAGAUGAUAUCGGGUAUGUAUAUGGGUGAAAUAGUCCGGUUAGCACUGGAGAGACUUACAAUGGAGGGUUUGUUAUUUGAAAGUGCCGACAGAGAAUGUGAAUUGUUCCACAGAGGCAGAUUUUUUACGAAAUAUGUGUCUGAAAUUGAAAGUGAUCAUGACGAAUUCUUCAGAAACACAAAACAAGUUCUGGACGAAAUAGGCGUCACUAAUUACACUUCAGAAGACUGUAAAAUUGUCAAGUAUAUCUGCACUCUUGUGUCUGCGCGCGCAGCUUUCUUGUCGUCUGCGGGACUUGCGACACUCAUUAAUCGUCUGAAUAAACCGGAUAUGACGAUUGCGGUAGACGGGUCACUCUACAGAUUCCAUCCUAGAUUUCAUAACUUAAUGACCUUAAAAAUACAGGAGCUCGUUAAAAAGGGAUUAAAGUUCAAGUUACAACUGUCGCAUGACGGAAGUGGAAAGGGAGCCGCUCUAGUUGCUGCAGUCGCAAUGAGAUUAAGGGACAUCAAACAAAACCAGUGUCCCGCUUGAAACAAAACUAUGUCAGAAUGUGGUAAAGCUUCCCCGUUACGCUUAUAAUGAAAUCACAUUCAUUCUCCCAUGCAUCGGACGUGAUAUAAAAACUAUAAAAGAAACUAUGUUUUACGAUCCGUUCUAUGGAAUUACAAUGUACUCCAAGUGGCUUCCCUUCAAAGAACAAGAAAGGCAUAGCUUCCAGUAAACAGGAAGUGCUUUUUAUUUAACUGGACAUGCUCCAGCUUCAACAAACUUUUUUAACUGGAAGAAUUUCAUUUUAUCUCAAAGUAAGACUGAAGUUAUUCGUUUUUCAUUCAUUCAAAGACAAACGCAUUGCGAGGGUCAUUGUUAUCGGCAGGAUCGUACCUGAAAUGAGUGCAUUAUUUUUAUCAAAGGAAAUUCUUCCGAGUUUGUUUAAUGCUUCUUCCAGGGAGCAACUCUACUUCCUACUGUCCUGGGUUAGCAUUAAUUCUCCUACACCGAGUGUACACAUGCAUUGACUGUACACUGUUUAGCCAAUGUUAAACUUUAGUCAGUAUAUUGUACACUCAAUACGUGCGUACAUCAAAUAGGUGCGACUUAUUGUUGUCGUACUGUCCUGUUUCUUAAGAUUUGUAAUUGUCUGCUACUCCAUAUAAUAUAUAUACUGUAUACCAACAUCAUAAUUUUUUAUCAAUGAGGUAAAUGAAGGUCGAAGUUUCGUACUUGCACCGUACGCGUACUGAAUGAUGUUAUUAUAUUUUACAGUAAACACAUUCUUAAGACAUUUGUUAAACCUACAUUUGCAUGUAAAACUGUACAUUUUCGUGUAGCAAGCCAUUAAUUAUGCACUCGUCAGUUGUAUUGUGCAUUAUUGUAGCAGAUACUGGUUUUACAUGUAUGCAAACAUGUGCACACAUAAAAUCCCAACCUGUCUUUCCGCUCAUGCAUUUUCUUCAAAUUUUGACUAUGAAACUCUCGUUUCUAAUUGCAUUUUACAUGCUAAAAUUCCAUUCACUAGCAUCAUUAUUCGUUUUGGUUAUUCAUUUUUUAGUUGAUUAGUUUGCUAUAAAAUUGAUUUAAUAGAAAUAUGGCUGUUUUAAUGCAUGCAGACUUUGAAUAGUUUUAUUGCAGUUUUUGUUUUCACAAGAAAACAUUUCGAUAUUACAAUAAUUCAUGAGCUUUGAAAGUAUGACUUUUUUUGUCAUACAGUAUUCUAUCCCAUAUUUACAUAAGUAUUCUAAGACACGCAGGAAUGAAAACUGGAGUUGUGAGUUGUGAAAGAUUUCCAUAGUUUCUUUGUCACUUUUUCAUUAUGUCGAUAAGUUGUGUUUUUAUUUUUCAGCUUCUAAGCGACUGUAAUAGGGUCAUUUGAUUUCAGUGAGAAAUAAUGUGCGAGUGUGAAUUUACUUUAUUUACUCAGAUGUUAUAUAAAUCCUCAGCACUUUUGUAAGGAAAUGUUACGAAACAAAAUUUAAUCUAGUAUAGAUUAAAACUGAAUAGAAUAUAAUAAAUGAUGACGAAAGCUUUGGUAUACAUAAAGAUUUUUUUCUGUGAUGCAAACUUGGUCUUUUUCGCCCAAGUAUAGAUACGUUUUUAUGAACUAGUAGUUUGUAUAUAGUUCUUCAGAAAUGAUAGGUCCUAGCUCGCAUUUUGAACAGUUUACCCGUUUGAUCAGUUACAUUGAAGAGACUGGAAGUCACAACCGGCAGUUUGGACAGACACUGCAUGUUAUUAUGUUUUUAAAUAUGCCAAGUUGAGUCAAGCUCUCUAAAACUUUGCCCGUUUCUAAUCUUUAUAACCUUGCAAUAGAUAUUUAGCAAUCCGAGAAUCUAGUUAACCGUUAGCCUGCUGGUUUCUGCCUUUGCGACCAGUGCAGAUCAAGAUCAGCCUGCACACUGAUCCUGGUCUGCACUGUUCGUUAUUCAGCCUGAACACCCCUUCGAAUAAUAAAUGGUACGGCCCAAAUUGAAUGAUAGACCAGUCCCUUUUAGAAAUUUUUCAGGAUAAAGGUUUAAAGGCUUGGCAUUGGUACGAUUUGCAAAGUGUUAACAUAUAUUUAUUACUGAUAUUCUGUAGUUUGUUCUGUCAUUAAUUCAGAUGCUGUGACAUUCAGUAACUUCAAAUUAUUAUUACGCUGGUAUCUGUAUAAUCACAUAAAAUUAUGUAAAUUGCCUGUGUGAACUACAUUUUGGAUAAUUUGUGAGUGAGUAAUAUUUUCAUGCUGGGUUUACUGUAUUGUACUUACUGGUGCUUCUCAGUUUGAAUUCAUUAAGAUGUAUUGAAUUUUGUAAAGGUUUACCCUCAAGAGAAAUAAGCGUUGUAAAAGCCAUGAUUCAGCUAUGGCCACACCUAGUAAAUUGUUUUAUGCCAAUAUUACCAAAGGCAUUAUAUGUAAUACUCAUAUAUAAUGUUCAGAAUAUGUUGAGAUUUUGAUUAUUUUAUGUUCCAUAGUAAAGAAUUAUUAUUCUGUUUGUGCAGUAUAUACUUGAAUCUCAAUGCUAAAUCUAUAAUCACUUAAAGAACGCUUCUCAGAUUAGUUUGAAAAUAACUUUAUAUUACAUAUAUUAUUCCAUACAUUCUGAGUGUUAAUUGCCAAAAAUUUUAUGCCUAUAAAUAGGGGAGAUGAAAAUCCUUAUUUGUGAUAUUUACUGGAAAAACUUGACAUAAACAUGGGUGAAGAUCAUUUUAUCAUAGUAUGUUAAAUACAAAAUGGAGAGCUCUGUUCAAGCAAAUGGGAAACUUGACAUUUCAAGUAAGAUAAAUAUAGCUUCAGUCACUCUAUACUGGGAGCAGAUAUUUUCUCGAAACAUCUGUUUCAUCCCCAAUACUCAAAGUUGUGAAUGAAACUACUUGCAUUUAUGUAUAAAGAAAUUCUAUAUAUUGAUAACUUUGUGACGUUUUGCUAAGCAGUAUUCUUUUCUGUUGUUGUACUGAUAUUUAGGUCAUACUCAAAAUGAUGUGAUUUCUUGAGCUUAAUGUAAAUUUGAUAAAUUAAUGAAAGGCUAAGUGAAAUCCAUUUUUUCUGCAUCCACAUGCAAUUUCUGUUUCUCACAUGUGCAUUUUUUUUUCAUUACAAAACUUUCAAGUCUUGAGACAAUUCCUGGUAUUCGAUGGCAGCUGUAUUUCAAAUGAAUUGUCACAUAUAUGUUAUUAGUAAAUGUUCCUAAUUCAUAACAUUUGACUGCAAUCUUAUAACAGUUUCAAAUGGUUUACAUUUUUCACGAAAUCUUCAAACAGUUAUUGUUUAAUUUACAUGCAGUGUAAAUAAUUAUAAAUUGCAUUUUUAAAAGAAAACUAAAGCAGUUUCUAUUCAUUGCAGAAAUCAUUCACUUUGGGUGUAACUUCAGAUAUCAAACCAAAUUGUUAAAAAAAAAUAGCUAGAUAUUUAGUUUCAACAUUUGUUUUUAACCUUUAACCUGCUGGCGGCAAGUGGUUCUGUCUUUGCGACAUGCAGUGCAGACCAAGAUCAGCCUGCAUAUCACGGUCUGCACUGUUUGCUAUUCAGUCAUGGACAUCCCUCUGAAUAAUAAGUGGUACCGCCCAAAUUGAACGAUGGAUCAGUCCAUUUUAAAAAUUUAGCAGGGUAAAGGUUAAGUGAUAAAGUUUAAAAUAUCAAUGAUUAUACAGUGUGCAGAUAUUUUUUGCUUUUCAGUUUUACAAUCUUUGUUUUUGUUGAUGCACAUAACAGUGUAAAUAUAUGAUCUUGUUAAAAUAGCACAUGUUAAAGUGGAAUAAAAAAAAUGAAAAUAAA